AUGGUUGGCAUUCUGCUCGAACAACCCUCCCACGGCCCUGCAUUCCGCACUGACCGGGACGGUCUGGCCUUUGAAGAGCUGUGUGACGAGAUCGAACGCGCAGAUAUUAUUGCCGACCAAGCUGUGAAACAAAAGAAGAUUGAACGGGAAGAUGACGACGGCCCAUCCAAGUUUGACGCAGACAAAGACAAAUCGCAGUUUCGCCAAUACGAGACAGCCAGCGAUAGAGUCAAGAACUUCUACCUCGAGCAACACACCAAACAGACUGUAGCCUACAACUUGAAAGCUCGCAAUGAUUUCAAGUCCAAAACACGAGCCGAAAUGACCAUCUGGGAGGCCAUGGAACGUCUCAAUACACUUAUCGACGAAUCGGAUCCGGACACCGAGCUCAGCCAGAUCGAGCAUCUGUUGCAGUCUGCCGAAGCCAUGCGUCGUGACGGUCGUCCUCGGUGGAUGCAACUGACCGGUUUGAUCCACGACCUCGGAAAGCUCCUGUUCUUCUUUGACGCCGAGGGUCAGUGGGAUGUCGUCGGUGACACCUUUCCCGUGGGCUGUGCCUUUGACGACCGUAUUAUUUACGGCAACAAGUCUUUCGCGGCCAACCCGGACUUCAACGAUCCGAUCUACAGCACCAAGUUCGGUAUCUACACCCCCGGGUGCGGUCUGGAAAAUGUCAUGCUCUCCUGGGGUCACGACGAGUAUCUCUACCACGUGGUAAAGCGGCAGAGCACUCUGCCUGAUGAAGCGCUGGCCAUGAUUCGAUACCACAGCUUCUACCCCUGGCAUCAACAAGGCGCCUAUCGUGAGCUGAUGAACGAGCACGACGAGAAGAUGCUCCAAGCUGUCAAGAAAUUCAACCCAUAUGAUCUCUACAGCAAGAGCGAUGAGAAGCCAUCUGUCGAGAAACUCAAGCCCUACUACAUGGACUUGAUCGAUGAAUAUUUCCCACAAAAAGUGAUCAGAUGGUAG